CUUCUUCCAUGUCGCAUCCCAUCUACAGCUAAGCUCCCUAGAUCAGAUCCCUCUUCCCGGAUCUCCAUUUCGCGUUAACUCAUGGACAUACUUUUCGCUCAGAUCCAGGCUGAUCUCCGUUCCAAUGACGCCCUCCGCCAGUCAUCCGCCCUCCUUCAAGCUCUCCAACAAUCCGCCGCCGGACGAGACAUAUCGGUGAUCGCGAAAUCCGCGGUGGAGGAGAUCGUCGCUUCUCCGGCGUCAGCCGUCUGCAAGAAGCUAGCCUUCGAUCUCAUCAGAUCCACCCGCCUCACUCCGGAUCUCUGGGACACAGUUUGCUCCGGCGUCAAAACCGAUCUCCACUUCCCUGAUCCCGACGUCACCGCCGCCGCCGUCUCGAUCCUCGCCGCUCUCCCCUCCUUCUCACUCCCUAAACUCAUCUCCGAUUGCAGCGCGGAGAUCGCUUCCUGCUUCGAUUCGCCUUCCGAUAACCUCCGUUUCUCGAUCACCGAGACGCUCGGAUGCAUCCUCGCGAGAGACGAUCUUGUGACUCUGUGCGAGAACAAUGUGAGUCUACUCGAUAAGGUCUCCACCUGGUGGGGGAGGAUCGGGCAGAAUAUGAUUGACAAAUCCGACGCCGUUUCGAAAGUCGCGUUUGAGUCCGUUGGGAGAUUGUUUCAGGAGUUUGAUUCCAAGAGGAUGUCCCGCCUCGCUGGGGAUAAGCUAGUGGAUAGUGAGAAUUCGCUAGCGAUUAGAUCCAAGUGGGUGUCUUCGAUGGUUGACAUUGUGUGGAAGAAGAGAAGCGCGUUGAUGGCUAGGUCUUUGGUUCUUCCUGUUGAGACUUUUCGUUCCACUGUUUUCCCUCUUGUCUUUGCGGUUAAGGCUGUUGCUUCGGGUAGUGUGGAAGUGAUCAGACAGCUUUCCAAGGCUAAUACCUCUGGUGCUAAUGCGGCGGCUGUGGUGGAUUCCAAUGCUGAGAAGUUGGUUGGGGUGUCGGAUUUGGUUACUCAUUUGGCUCCUUUCUUGGCUUCCUCUUUGGACCCAGCUUUGAUUUUUGAAGUUGGGAUUAACAUGUUGUACUUGGCUGAUGUUGCUGGAGGUAAGCCGGAGUGGGCUUCACAGUCCAUUAUUGCUAUUUUAACACUCUGGGAUCGUCAAGAGUUUUCUUCUGCUAGAGAGAGUAUUGUCAGGGCGGUUGUCACCAACCUGCACUUGCUUGAUCUUCACAUGCAGGUCUCUUUGUUUAGAAGAUUACUGCUUAUGGUGAGGAACUUGAGAGCAGAAUCUGACAGGAUGCACGCAUUAGCCUGUAUCUGUCGUACAGCUCUAUGUGUUCACCUUUUUGCUAGAGAAAGUGCCAGAAGAGGUCAGAAGCCUCUACCUGGGACAGAUAUUAUAUCUCUCUUUGAGGAUGCAAGGAUAAAAGAUGAUCUCAAUAGUGUUACCAGUAAAAGCCUGUUUCGGGAAGAGCUAGUGGCAAUGCUUGUGGAAAGUUGCUUCCAGUUAUCUCUUCCUCUGCCUGAACAAAAGUUCUCGGGUAUGGAGAGCAGAGUGAUUGGGGCACUGGCUUAUGGUACUGGUUAUGGUGCUUUGAACUGGACGGAACCAGCUCUUGAGGUUGUGGAAGUUUGCAGGCCGUGUGUCAAAUGGGAUUGUGAUGGCAGGACGUACGCAAUAGAUUGUUAUCUGAAAUUGCUUGUUAGGCUCUGCCAUAUCUACGAUACCCGAGGAGGAGUAAAGAGGCUUAAAGACGGUGCUUCGCAGGAUCAAAUGUUAAAUGAGACGCGUUUACAGAACUUACAACGUGAGCUUGUCAAGGAUCUCCAAGAGGUAAACACCCCAAGAAUCCUUGGGCGUCUUAUAUGGACAAUCGCAGAACAUAUUGAUCUAGAAGGUCUGGAUCCACUUUUGGCUGAUGACCCUGAUGAUCCUUUAAAUAUUAUCAUAGCAAAUAUGCAUAAGGUUCUCUUCAACUUGGAUGCCGCUGCAACUACAUCAAAUAGGCUACAAGAUGUUCAGGCUGUCUUAUUAUGCGCCCAGAGGAUGGGCUCACGUCAUGCAAGAGCUGGCCAAUUAAUAACCAAAGAGCUUGAAGAGUAUAGGAACCAUGCUGCUGCAGAUACAGUUAGCAAACAUCAAACCCGUUUAAUUUUGCAGAGGAUCAAAUAUGUUUCAAAUCUUCCUGAAAGAAAGUGGGCUGGAGUUAGUGAGACAAGAGGAGAUUACCCUUUCAGCCACCAUAAACUUACCGUCCAAUUUUAUGAACCAUCAGCUGCUCAAGACAGAAAAUUAGAAGGGUUAAUUCACAAGGCCAUUCUAGAGCUUUGGAGGCCAAAGCCCAGUGAAUUAACUCUCUUCCUUGCAAAAGGGGCCAACUCGACUUCUAUCAAGGUUCCUCCCACAGCAUAUCCUUUGACUGGUAGCAGUGAUCCUUGCUACAUAGAAGCUUACCAUUUAGCAGAUACAAAUGAUGGAAGGGUCACGUUGCACUUGAAGAUAAUUAAUUUGACAGAGCUUGAGCUGAAUCGUGUGGAUAUACGGGUUGGAUUAUCCGGUGCCCUAUAUUUCAUGGAUGGUUCUCCUCAAGCAGUGCGGCAGUUGCGUAAUCUUGUCUCACAGGAUCCUGUACAUUGCAGUGUCACUGUCGGUGUCUCCCAGUUUGAAAGAUGUGGUUUCUGGGUGCAAGUCCUCUACUACCCAUUCCGUGGCGCUAGGGGAGAUUAUGACGGUGACUACUUAGAAGAGGAUCCACAGAUGAUGAAGCAGAAGAGAGGCUCAAGAUCAGAACUGGGAGAGCCGGUGAUCUUAAGAUGUCAGCCUUACAAGAUCCCAUUGACUGAGCUUCUUCUCCCGCACAAAAUCUCACCAGUGGAGUUCUUUCGUUUGUGGCCUAGUUUGCCAGCUGUUGCAGAGUACACUGGCACGUAUACGUAUGAAGGAAGCGGCUUCAUGGCGACAGCUGCACAACAGUAUGGUGCUUCACCAUUCCUAAGCGGACUCAAUUCAUUGUCCUCCAAGCCAUUCCACAGAGUCUGUUCCCACAUUAUACGUACAGUUGCGGGAUUCCAGCUUUGUUACGCUGCAAAGACGUGGCAUGGAGGUUUUGUGGGGAUGAUGAUAUUUGGGGCUAGUGAAGUAAGCAGGAACGUGGAUCUGGGUGACGAGACGACGACCAUGAUGUGCAAGUUUGUGGUGAGAGCCUCAGAAGCGUCAAUCACAAAGCAAAUAGAGUCAGAUGUGCAGGGAUGGUGCGAUGAUCUAACGGACGGGGGAGUUGAGUAUAUGCCAGAGGAUGAAGUGAAAGCAACAGCAGCUGAGAAACUGAAAAUCUCAAUGGAGAGAAUAGCUUUGUUAAAGGCAGCUCAGCCGAAGAAGACUCCAAAGACCCAAGAAGAAAACGAAAGCGAAGACGAAGAUGACGAUGACGAAGAAGAUGAUGAAGAAAAAGAGAAAAAGGAAAAGGAGAAAGAAGAGGAGAAGAAGAAGAAGGAAAAGGAAAAAGGAACACUAUCUAAGCUGACAGCAGAAGAAACAGAGCACAUGGCGCUCCAGGCUGCAGUGCUCCAAGAGUGGCACAUGUUGUGCAAAGAUCGAAAGUUAACUAAAAACAACUAAGAUUUUGUAUUCAUUCUUCUGUGUGUGUGUAAGAUGUCUUUUUUUUAUUAAACAUGGGUAUGUUUUUGUUUACGGAAGAAGGGGUUUUGCUUCAUGUC